AAACAGCUGAAGAAGAAGAAAAAGGGACACAGAAGAAGAACAAGAGGAGGAGGAGGAGGAGGCAGAGGAAGCAAAGCAACAGCAACCAUCCCUCCCUCAGCUGGUCGUGUUAUGAGCGAGCACGGGAGCACCACCAAGGCAUGAACUAUGUCCGUCAGCCUGGUGGUGAUCAGACUGGAGACAGCUGAUGAGAGCCCGGACCUCAGGCACAUAGAGUACAGAGCACCCAAGGCUCACUGUGGGAAGGGGCGUGACCGAGAGGCAAGUCCUUCUGAGUGGCCGCUUUUGGUGACCGACACGCUCCUCUCCAUCCACCGCGGCCGCAGGGAACCCGUCCAGCUCACUGUGACAACCCUAGAUGACCACCUGAUAGCUGAGGUGGUGUACUAUGCAUCCAGAGGAGCUGCAGCAUUGGCUGAGAGUGAGGAGGAACAACAGGAGCUUCAGGCGGAGGGUGGCAUGAUGGAGAAGGCAGAAACCACCCUAGACUCUGUGCCCCUGAGCUCUGGCGGUGUGCUGCCUCGAACUAGCAAGGAGUCCACCCCAGGGGCCUCAAGUAGCAAGGAAGGCACCCCAGGGCUGGGAGAGGAUGGCAGUAGCAGCAGCAGCAGCCGACGGUCCCGCUCCAUCAAGGACCGUGUCACUUUCGUCUCUGGCAACCCCAUGGUAGACGUGACCCAUGGCAUCCUUCACCUCUACAAGGAAAACACCAAGACAAGCUUGGAUGAGUCUGAGCUGCGGUCAGAGAUGCUGUGUAUGUUGGCUGUGCCCACCGCCAUGACCAUCCAUGACCUCCUGCAGUUCACUGCCCCGUGCUACUCUGUCAUUCAGAACAUGCGCAUCAUCCGGGACCCGACACCCAACCAGUACAUGGUCCUCCUUAAGUUUAGGACACAGGGUGAUGCUGACAUGUUCUACAACACCUUUAAUGGCCAGUGCUUCAACAGCAUUGAGCAAGACAUCUGCCGUCUGGUGUAUGUAGCUCGAGUGGAGACAACUAAAGAGUCAGAGAAUGGCGGUCUUCCUAUUCCAGGCCACACAGAGCUGCCUAACUGUCCCGUGUGUCUGGAAAGGAUGGAUGAGUCAGUGGACGGCAUCCUCACCAUUUUGUGCAACCACUCCUUCCACGGGGAAUGUUUGGCCAAGUGGGGCGACACCAGCUGCCCCGUGUGCCGGUACUGUCAGACCCCCGAGGAGAUCCCCGACCAGAGGUGUUCCUUGUGUGGCUCAGCGGACUCCCUCUGGAUCUGCCUCAUAUGUGGCCAUGUUGGGUGUGGCCGCUAUGUUGGGGGUCACGCUCACAGACACUUCAUGGAGACGAAUCACCUGUUCUCCCUCCAAGUGGGGAACAACCGAGUGUGGGACUACGUGAGAGACAACUAUGUCCACCGCCUUCUGCAGAGUGAGGGCGAUGGAAAGGUUGUGUCUUACGAGCGGCUGUCCCCUGUGUCUGACACCAAGGAGGAGAUGAUGCAGGGGGAGGAGAAGCUGACAGCCCUGCAGCUGGAGUACACGCACCUGCUCUCAUCACAGCUUGAGUCACAGAGACAGUUCUUUGAAAAUAAAAUAGCAGAGGCACAAGCCAGUGCUCUGCAGGAGGCCAAAGAAUCCCGAGAGGAGGCUAAGAGGUUUGGAGAGGAGCUCCAAAAGGUAAAACAUGAGCUGUCCAACGUGACGCGAGACAAACAGACGCAGGACAAGAAGCUGCAACAGAUGUCUCAGAAAAUUACCAAGCUUAGCAAAGACCUGGAGACGGAGCAGCAGCUGAACAUCUCAAUGCGUCAGGGCAAGCAGGAGUGGGUGUCCAAGGUGGUGAAUCUGCAGACCACUUUGGAGCAGAAAGAUCAAAGGAUCCUGGAGCUGGAGUCGCAGGUGACAGACGUGAUGGCCCACAUGGAGGCACUUUCAACAGUCAACAGCAACCCAGAGCUGCAGGGCGGCAAGCUGUACAUUGCCCCCGAGGCCUCCAAGCCCCAGGGAGCAAGGCGGAAACACCGGAAGUAGAUGUAUCAGCAGUGGAUCAGACUAACUCUCCAUUUGCACCUUCAUCUCCUCAUGGUCAUUACUAUUAUUAUUAUUAUUAUUAUUAUUAUUAUUAUUAUUAUUAUUUGUUCUUAUGAUCUGUGUGUGUGUGUGUGUGUGCGUGCGUGCGUGCGUGCGUGUGUGCGAUAUUACUUGAAUAAUAUUUCCUAAUUGUAUCUUUAUAAGACUGAGUCAAGCUCAUUGAAUCAUGUCUUUUCAAACUCUCAUAUUUUCUUCUUUAAAACAGAGUAACAGUAAGCAGCCUCUCUUGAUGCAUGCCACUCAACUGAAUUCUUUUCUAAUGUUUAUCUUACAUGAAACACAUCACUGGUAGUUUUUGUCUUAAUAAAUAAUUUUGCAAAAGGGGCAGAGCUUGACUAAAUACUGCAAAAUACACUUAUCUAAUUGAAGGUGCUGCUGACAACACAGGGUUGGUUCUCUGGGGUAUGUCCUGCCUGGCUAAUGUCUCACGUGUGUGUGUGUGUGUGUGUGUGUGUGUGUGUGUGUGUGUGUGUGUGUGUGUGUGUGUGUGUAGUAUAUGAGAAGUUCCAUUGUUACUGAACCCCUUACAAAGGCUUCUUAUUUAUGAAUAUCUGUAGUUAUUACCAGUGUGCCCAUGCUUGCAUGCAUUGUUUUUAUGAUUGCAUUUAAUUAGCUAUUAUUUUUUAAAGUAAUUGCAAGAUUUCCACUUUUCAUUGCUUCAUUUGUGAUCCUGAAACACCCUUUCUUUAACUUUUCUCACUUCCUUCAGCCACUGGCCAGUCAGUUUUACCAGCUUUAGAUUCUCCCUUCUUUUUUUCUCUUUUAAUCUUUCUUAGAACUACAGUAUUCAUUUCUUAAUUUCCACAAGUUUAUCUUUGCAGGUUUUAGAUUUCUCAUAAAUAUUUGCAAGAAAUUUGCAACUGUAUGUAUUUUAAAUGCAUUUCCAAGGUUGCUCUUAGUUUGCCUUACCUCACCAUCUUUAUUCUCAGCUUCUCUUCUCUAGAGCUCCUGUCUCCCUCACACCACUUCAGUUUUCUCAGCAUAAUUUCCUGUAUAGUUUACCACAAGGAGUAGAUAUUGUAAGUCACAUAAAGUAUGUAAACUCCAAACUCUUUAUUUAUUUCAUGUUGGAUAUUCAAGGUAUAGGAAUAAGACUUAUAGGUGCAGUGUUAAGAGAUAUUGGCUUUCUGUAAAUAGUCCCAGUACAAAAGAGAGAGAGAGAGAGAGAGAGAGUUUUAUACCCAAUUUCUGUAGUGUUCAAGUAACAAACGUCCAUAGCAUAGAGCCCUCUUCCUCCCUCAGCAACAAAGAGCUAGUCAGUGUCAAGAUUGCUGGCUGGAUGUUGAGAUUCAUUGCCUCCAAGCACUGAAGGUAAUCACAAAAUGUUUUCCUGUGUAUAUAUGUAAAUAGUAAUGUUUUCUUUUUCCAUCUCUAUUUCGUUUAUAUCAAGGAAGAUAAAUUCAUCAGACUGUUUUCUCGUUCAACUGAUCUCAGGCCAUAAACAAUUGAGUCAUGCUUGUCAGACCAUAAUAUAGUGUUUCAAAACAAUUAAUGUGUCAGACCUUGUAGUGUGUCCUGUUUUUUAUAGUUGUGAUGAGUAACCAAAAGAGUACAGGAAGUCAUCAUAACAGCCAUAACAUGUAUAUCAGUGUACCAUUGUAAAGGAAUAUUAAAAGCAAUUACUGAUUUGAAAAACUUGUUCAUUUCAAAGACUACAGAUUGUCUUGUAUUCCUGUUCCUAACAACAUAAUCAAAAUCUCCAGAGCCCUUCAUAAGCAACAUAAUGUUCAGGGCAAGUGCCUGGGAUGUUAGAGUAAUUCACAAGUGGUGGUAUUCCAGUGCACUAACUUGUGUAUUUUCCUAAAGAGGAAUAUAUUUAUUUUGAGUUGUUACUGUCACUAGUAUUGUUAAAUUUCUCCUGCUGACCAUAAUGACAAGUUUUCAGUAAUAUGCAAAGUAGCACAAGUAUGUCAUACAAAGAAGAUACAGAUGCAUGUAUCCAUCAGGGGCAAAACUGAAAGAUACCACAUCCUUUUGGUUCAUGUCACAAUAGUACAGUAAGUGGAGUUCUUGUAAAGGACCAUUAUGGAUCAUAGCAUGAUUUGUAUAUGGGAAACACAUCAUGGACUUAAAAAAAAAAAAAAAGUUCUAAAAUAAAGUUACCCUAGAGAGUCUUCUAAU